AUGAAUUUCGAUGUUGGAGGUCCAUCAUACUUAUCAUCAUCUUCAUCUUCGGAUGAUGAUAAUUUUCUGUCCAAUAUCAUUGCAGAGAUUGAUGAAACCGAAGAAGUAAUUUGUGAGUACAUCAACAACAACAUGAUCCUCGUUAACAAUUUACGUCAACACAACUACCAACCGAUCCAUGGUGGCUCGAUUCCCGGUCAUGCAGUGAUCAACCGCGAUCGAGAAAAUGCGCAUCAGAAUUUGGUCAUAGAUUACUUUGCCGAUAAUCCACGUUUUGGAGAAGAUAUGUUUCGUCGUCGAUAUCGGAUGUCAAGAAGUUUGUUCCUUCGUAUUGUUGAUGCAGUGAAAGAUCAUGACUAUUACUUCCAACAACGAAGUGAUGGACUUGGUAGAAUGGGAUUAUCACCGUUACAGAAAGUAACAGCUGUUUUUCGCAUGUUGGCAUACGGUCUACCAGCUGAUGCUACGGACGAAUACGUUAAAAUAGGUGAGUCAACAGCAAUUGAAAGUAUGACAAAAUUUUGUCGUGCUAUGGUGGAAAUAUUCGCAGAGCGGUAUCUACGAACACCUAACGCUAACGAUAUUGCUAGGCUACUCUAUAUUGGAAAAAAACGUGGUUUUCCAGGAAUGUUAGGAAGUCUUGAUUGUAUGCAUUGGAAAUGGAAAAAUUGUCCAACAGCAUGGUCUGGGCAAUACACAGGACGUAGUGGGUCACCAACUAUUAUCCUCGAAGCUGUGGCAGAUUAUGAUCUUUGGAUAUGGCACGCAUAUUUUGGUAUGCCAGGCAUCAAUAAUGAUAUCAAUGUGCUGGAGUCAUCUAAUCUUUUCUCUAACCUAGCUCAAGGUAUUGCUCCUCCCGCUCACUAUGUUAUUCAAGGAAAAGAGUAUAAUAUGGGUUAUUAUUUAGCUGAUGGUAUAUAUCCGAAAUGGGCUACUAUUGUACAAACAAUCCAACAGCCACAAGGUAGGAAGAAAAAAUAUUUUGCCAUGAAACAGGAAGCAUGUAGAAAAGAUGUAGAACGUGCGUUCGGAGUUCUCCAAUCACGAUUUGCAAUCGUGGCAGGAUCAGCACGUUUUUGGAAAAAAACAUGUAUUACAUGA